GUUACAAGGAGAUUCAUGUUACUUUUUAUCAUUUCAUCCUACCUAGCUUGAUAGUUUGCUCCCUUAGCUUAUAUAUAUGGAACUACUCUCCCUGGAGAGACUCAAUUGACUCCAUCAUUCUUCCAUAUUGGAUCUUUCUAUUAGUUUUUAUAUAUAUAUAGGGAUAUUCUCCUUGCCCUCCUCUUUCUACCGAUACCAUCACAUUCAUCUCCUCAUCCAUAUACGAGUGUGAUCAGAUAGUGAUAUAGAUCGCAGUGUGUCGGAUUGAUUAUCGGCAAUUAAUCUAAAAAAUGGAUGAUGAUGUGAGUAAGAGGAUAUGUGGGGUGCCAGAGAAGGUACAGCUGCAUGGGGCAAUGCUGUUGCUGCAGUUUGGAUAUGCAGGGUUUCAUAUUGUGUCGCGCUUAGCCCUUAAUAUGGGCAUCAGCAAGGUCGUCUUCCCCGUCUAUCGCAACAUCAUCGCUUUAAUCCUACUCGUGCCCUUUGCAUACUUCCUUGAAAAGAGGGACAGGCCAGCGAUGACACUCUCAUUCCUUGUCCAAUUCUUUCUCCUAGCCUUGUGUGGUAUAACUGCCAAUCAGGGGUUCUACCUUCUAGGACUGAUAAUCAUUUAAUUAAUUAAUUUCUCAUUUCUGACAUCUAUUCAUAUAAUCAUAUAAAUGCUGACAGACACAUACAUAUGUAUCAGGAUUGAAAAGGUCCGGAUGAACAGAAGAGACGGGAUCGCCAAGAUGCUGGGCACUGCAUUGUGUGUAGCCGGAGCAAUGGUUAUAACCCUCUACAAGGGCCCCACCAUCUUUGGACCAUCAACAUUGCACAAUACUCGAAUUAAUCUCCAGUCAGAAAUGCCUGCCAACAAUAUUAGUGAUACUAGUAUUACUUCUACAACGAAGAAUUGGACUCUAGGGUGUGUAUACCUGAUAGGGCAUUGCCUGUCGUGGUCAGGCUGGUUGGUUCUUCAAGCUCCUGUGCUUAAGAAAUAUCCAGCUAGGCUUUCUGUUACCUCCUACACUUGCUUCUUCGGUGUGCUCCAGUUCUUAGUCAUUGCUGCUUUCAUGGAGAGAGAUUUUGAUGCCUGGGCUUUCCAUUCUGCUAGCGAAGUUUUCACUGUCGUAUAUGCGGGAUUUGUCGCAUCAGGGAUUGCCUUUGCUGUGCAAAUAUGGUGCAUAGACAGGGGAGGUCCUGUCUUUGUGGCCGUCUACCAGCCAGUUCAAACACUUGUGGUUGCCGUCAUGGUCAUUGCCUUGGGAGAACAGUUCUACCUAGGCGGUUAUAUAGCGCCAGUACUGAUCAUUGCUGGGCUCUACCUUGUUUUAUGGGGAAAGAGUGAAGAGAGAGCUUUUGCCAUCAGCGAAGCAGUCACAGUUUCCAUCUCCGAUCAUGAUGGUAUGCAGAGACCACCUGCUCCAACUCCAGUGAUAACUGCCUCGUUCAAGGGCUCUUCCUUAACUCAGCCGCUGAUACCUUCAGAAAAUGUCUGAUCGAUGAAUUGGAUAUCAAUCACCUCAGCUGUUGAAUCAAUGUGCAAGAACUAGCUAGUCUACUGUUAUUUCCUAGUGUGAUGGCCACAAUUAGGGAUAGAAGAGGCUACUGCAUGUGUGGGUUUGAGAUCAAAUCUAGGUGGCUUGUUAUAUAUGUCCUUUAGUCUGCAGGAUUAGGCUAGAGCUUGCUCAUAUGCUUGGGUUUGAUCGUAGAUGGGCACUAAUUGAAUGAUGCUUUUAUGUAUGCCUGUGUGUUUUCUUUACCUAAUAUUGCAGUUUGUUGAACCA